AUGGAGCACCUCACAGAGAUGACAGGUGAGCGAGACGUGGAUGAUGUCAUUUCCCCUCCGGGUUCUGUUGACACCCCCCGCCCCAGCCAGCGACCGGGUCCCACCCUGCGGGAACUCCGGGCGCAUGGGGACGAGCCAGGAGGCGCACGGUUAGGCCCGACAGGAGGCCACGCGUACGAUGCGGCUCACUUCCUGGAGGAGGAGGAGGACUUGGAGGAGCCGGAGGACCUGGAGGAGCUGGUUCCGGCCAGACUCACUCCAGAGCCCUACCCGGCCCUGACGCCCCCAUCCCCCUUCAGAGACUCGGUGGCAUCGGGCCGCACACCCCCUAGUUCCCCGGGGUCCGAGUCCGCAGCGCACACUCCACCCGGUGUGGCGUACACCUCCGGCACCACGCCUGACCACAGGCGGAGCCCCUCCACCCUGUGAAGGCUUGACGGGCUCACGCAGCAUCCGCCUGCUUCUUCAGCCUCUUCGUUAUAACUUCCUGUCCCUGUAGAGGGUGUUGCUCCAGCCUGUUUUUGGGAAACGGAACCUGGGACAUGGAGGAUGCAGGCAAGAGAGCCCAACCAUUUACCAGAAAAAAAUCAAUUGUCUUCAGCGCCGCCCUCCUGGUCACACGGUGAAAUGGCAGCCAAUGCCCUCUGACGAAGGACCCACACAGGGGCCCCUCACGUUUGUAGCAGAUGCAUGCAAGUCAAUGUGUGCCACCGCUGCCGCCGCCGCUGCACCUCCACCGCUUUUAUUACCUCCAUUUGUUCUCGCCAUUAGUGAAUUUGAGCUCCUCCUCCCAUCACCCGCGUUAAACAUUCACUUCUGUUCUCGCCACUGAAAUCAAGCCGCUUAUUUCCAGACCAAAGCGAGACGCGAACAAGGCCGCAGGCAGACUUGUCUCAAGGUCGUGUCCGGAGACAGGUGUGUGGCGGCUUUGAUCCCAUCAAGCUCUGGCUCAAAAUGUUGCUCUUCAGCCCUGAUUUGGAAGGUGACAAUUAUUUUGGGCACAUUUCUUGAAAAAUGGACAACAAGUGGAGUAGCACUUAGAGUCGUCACCUUGCAAUCUGAG